AUGGUACGUUUUGCUAUAGCUGGCUCCACGGAUGCUAACAACCAAUUUGCGUCACAGGGAAAGCGCAAGAAGUCAAGCCGACAGCCCCAGGGGCCCCGAAAGCGGGAACCUCUUGCAACCACUUUCGCCUGUCUCUUCUGUAACCACGAGAACUCGGUCGUCGUCAAACUCGAUAAGAAACUGGGCCUAGGUGACCUCUCUUGUAAGGUGUGCGGUCAAAAGUUCCAGACCGGCAUCAACUAUCUGUCUGCCGCCGUGGACGUGUACUCGGACUGGGUGGAUGCAUGUGACGCCGUGGCCAAGGACACGGCCAACCAGUAUGAUGGCGCCGUGGGAUCGAUAGGCAAUAGCAAGUCUGAUGCUCUGGCCAAUGCUGGCCAUGGAGAUGCCUACGAGGACGACGACGACUAUUGA